AUGCAGCUAACGGAUUAUCAUAUUCAACUGUCCCGGGAUAAUCUGAAGUUAUCUCUCUUGGGUUACUUGAUUGAUGAUUUUGACGUGGAUGACAAGAUCAUGCGACAGUAUAUAGUUGCAAAUUGGCCAGUCACUGUGAGAGUACCUCAUUAUGAUAGAAAUUUCUUUGUCCUUAAGUUUAUGAACAGAUAUGAGAUGAUGGCUAUUUUGGAUAAUGGCUCUUAUGUUGUUAACGGUAGUUUACUAAUUCUUCGCCGAUGUAAUGACCAUGAAGAUCUAGCCCUUGAUAGCAUCAAGAUCGAGAAAUUGAGCAUCUGGGUUCGCAUGCAUGGAGUGCCAAUUACCUCCAUGAACUAUAGAGCUCUUGAAGAUCUAGCUAGUCGUAUUGGUGAAGUGGCAUGUAUUAAGCAGGAUUGUGUCUUCCUGCGCAAGAUCACUUACAUUCGAGCAAAGGCGUGGAUUAAACCAGGUGACCCUCUGGUUCCUUAUUUUCAUUUUACUAAGAGAAACGGUAAAGUGGCAAAGAUUCACUGCAAAGCGCAUGCACAUAAGAAGAAGCGGUGGACUUGUCUCCCUGAUUACAAAGUGGAACAGAUGCUGGAUUUCUAUGAUUCUGUACCUGAUGAAUAUGUUCAGGAUGGUUUUACAAUCUCUGCUAGAGGAAGGAUGGCAGCCCCUGCUGCAGGAGAGGACUCUGAUUCCUUGCACUCUGUUGGUCAAGGUGACAUUUUUCAUUCCUUUUCCUCUUACUCCUCUGAAUUUUACCAGAAUUCUAAACAUUCCUUCCCUGAUGAUGCUAGUGAAUUUUAUAUGCCUUCCUCUUUUUAUGAAAUUCUGGAUGUGCCUCCCUUUGAGGAAAUGUUAGCUGAUCAGUCUUAUGUUCUGGAUCUUUUUAUCCCCAAUGGUCCUGAUUAUCCUAUCAUGACAUUUCUCCAACUUCUGCUUUUGUUGGUUUUCAAUCAAGUGUUAACUCUAGUGAUAGUGAAAAUGAGUUCUAUUCCUGUUGCUACUUUGGGAUGCCGUCCCUUCAAGAGACAAGGUUCUUGCCGAAGCCUAUCCUCCAUUUCAGCUCCUCUUCCUCCACAAGAUGACUACCCACAAACAAAUAGUGAUGCUGAUGACUUCUACAUGAGGGCAAGAAGAGCAGUUUCUAAAUCACACAUGUCGGAUCCCCCUCAGAAGCCAUUGGAUAAUCCGGGUGCUCAUUACGCUUCCACUGCUAUUCUUGCCAACUAUAACUGGUCUUCUAGAGGUGGUAUUUCUAAUGGGUGGAGAAUGAAGGUGGAUGAUGCUGAAUUUGAUGAAGUGGAAGACUCUGAAACUUCAGAAGCUUUAACUGACAGUAGAAAGAGAGGUUCUGAUGAUUCACUGGCCAGUUUAGAGAGGCCUGGGAAGAAGAGGUCUAGCUGUGCGGUGGAUGAGGAAGUGAAGAAUCUGUUCCAGGCUCUGGAAAUGGCGUGGGAAACUAGUGAACCAGGAGCAAGUGCAAGUGCUCAGCUGAACGAUUUUGCAGUGGUUGAACCAGAUCAACUGCCUCUGUUUCCAUGA